ACAAAAUGAAAUUAAUUUACACACUCCUCCAAAAUAUGCGACUGAUUUGGAUAAAGAAGAUUUAGAACUGAUUCAUGAUUUUGGAAGUUUGUCAACUCAACAACUAAUGGAUAAAAUUAAACAUUUACAAAAUUUAGCUUAUCAAGUUGGAUUAGAAGAAGCAAAAGAAAUGACUCGUGGGAAAUUUUUAAAUAUUCUUGGAAAACGCUGA